AUGGCAGACGUACGAUCGCUUCUACGGAAUGAAUUAGCCUCGCGCAAGGGCGCGUCACAACCCAACACAACCAGCAACCGUGUCAGCAAAAAGCGCAAGGUUGACCACAGUGACGGUAUCAUACGGAAGAAGCUUCGAUCAACAGAUUUGGAGUCUGUGCAGGCCGUAGCCAACGCUCAGGCUCGUGUCUCUAACCUGGAGGAUAUCGUUGAUGAGGAGACUGUUGAACCUGUCGAUGACGAAGAGCCCGCCGGCCCUGACCUUCCUUCCCAUCGUGACGACGACGUCUCUGUGACGAAUACACCGGGGCCUGUGGCCGACUCUGCACUCCAGGAAUCGACACAGGCAGUGGACGAGGACGAGUGGGCGGCGUUUGAACGAGAGGUCGUUGCUCCAACAAGGACAACAAAUGCGCCGGCCGUUGUCUCCGCGCAAGCUACAAUUGUUGCUGCACCUGUAACGGCCCAAAUGCUAGCCAUACAGCAACAGAGCGACCGGUCCUUGACCGCAAAGUCUCGAGAGGCGGAAUUGGCAGGGGAUCGUGAAGAUGCCGCCCGGUUUUUGGAAGAGGAGUUUGACGAAAUGGAUCAACUUGAAGAACGAGUUCGCAGAUUGAAGAAAAUGAGGGAGGAACUUCGGCAAAAGCGUAUCACAGGUGAAACCACGGAUACGCCGAUGCCCGAUGAUCAGCGGGUAGAGGAAAGCGAGAGUGGGAGCGAAGACGACGAGGAUGAAGACUGGGACGACUGGCGAUUCAAAUAA